GUGUUAUCGGUGCAGAUGUGCGACGUGGUGAAUGAAAUCGAGCAGGAGAAGGAGCGCUGUGAAAUCAGCACCUCUGGGAACGUCACCUCGGAUUGUCAGGGGAUGUGGGACAUCAUCGCCUGCUGGCCUUCAGCCAGAGUGGGAGAAGUGGUAACCAUAACCUGCCCCACAUAUUUCAGUUACUUCAGCGACCAGCAGAGAGGUAACCUCUCUAAAACCUGCACAGCAGAUGGCUGGACCGAGAUGCAGCCCGUUGACAUCGCCGUGACCUGUGGAUACAAUCUGAAUGGCACCAGCGAUGAUGGGAAGUUUUUCUGGCAGGUGAAGAUCGGCUACACCAUCGGGCACAGCGUUUCCCUUGUCUCGCUCAUCACCGCUAUCGUCAUCCUUUGCGUCUUCAGAAAACUCCACUGCACGAGGAAUUACAUCCACAUGCAUCUGUUUGUGUCGUUUAUCUUAAAAGCGAUCGCCGUCUUCAUCAAAGACGUGGUUCUUUACGAGGUCGGGGAGGUGGACAACUGCUCCUCUGGCUCCGUCGGCUGCAAAGCGGUGAUUGUGUUCUUUCAGUACUGUAUUAUGGCCAGUUUCUUCUGGCUCCUGGUGGAGGGUCUUUAUCUUCACGCGUUGCUGGCCGUGUCUUUCUUCUCCGAGAGGAAAUACUUCUGGGCUUACAUUCUGAUCGGCUGGGGGGGUCCAGCAGUUUUCAUCACAGCUUGGAGCAUUGCUAAAGCCUACUAUAAUGAUGUAGGGUGCUGGGAUAUUAUCGAAAACACUGACGUGUUCUGGUGGAUUAUUAAAACCCCCAUUUUAGCGUCAAUCUUUAUGAACUACAUUCUUUUCAUCUGCAUCAUUCGAAUUCUUCGCCAGAAGAUCAACUGUCCAGAUAUUGGAAGAAAUGAGUCCAACCAGUAUUUGAGACUGGCCAAAUCCACGCUGCUUUUGAUCCCACUGUUUGGAAUAAACUUCAUUGUGUUUGCUUUCAUYCCGGAGCAAGUGAAGACGGAGCUACGGCUGAUUUUUGACUUGAUUCUAGGAUCCUUUCAGGGCUUCGUGGUGGCGGUCCUUUACUGCUUCCUGAACGCUGAGGUGCAGGGAGAGGUGAAGAGGAAGUGGCGGCGGUGGCACCUGCAGAGGUACAUGGGCUCAGACACAAARUACCAGCACCCGUCCAUCGGCAGCAGCAACAACUUCAGCACUCAGAUCACCAUGUUGACGCGCUGCAGCCCCAAAACACGCCGCGGUUCGUCCUCCUGCCACGACGACUUGUCCUGUAUAUGACUCAAAGACGUUCWGCACGCUUUUCACGCCACAACGGUAGUCUCACAGAACCGACAUGUGUCCGUCAUCAACACAUCCACAUUUUAAAAGGUGUUUUUUCAUUUUAUUGUUAUACAUCAUUUCCUGAACUGUUUGUAAGGCUCCUGUGAGCUCAGACGCAGGGAACGUGACACGUUCAUGUCAUCCAGAGGUCACUCAGCAGCCUGUAGAAAAAAAAAGUCAAUUCCUGAAGCUCCAAAUGAACAAAACCACAACCUUAUUUUAUUAUGUCUGUUGUUGUUGUUUUAUAAAGGCAAAGAAAACCGCUGUGGUUUUGGUUUUUAAGUUGUUUGAGCUCAGACUGUUAGCCAUUUAUUCUAAAAGAAUAAAACUAAAGAACGAUACCUCGGACGAGAUGAUGAAAAGCCCUUUUUUCUGCACUAAUCUUUCCACAAACACCACCUCUCCCCUGUGAUUCUAAAUACAUAAUUCUGGUUAUUGUGGUUUUUUUUAUUAUUAUUUGAGUUUAUUUUUUACUGAUGAGUGCCUAAUUUCUGUGUUAUUAAGUAAAACUUUUCAGUCGGAUCUUUAACGGCUGUUAGACUGGAGAGGAAAUAACCUUUACGCCACUCGGUCCUUGGAUGUUUACAUUUACUCGGGCAGACUAGUAAAAUGUAUAGACGAGUGUACAGUGUACAUAAAGUGGUUUACUUUAGGAUUUUGUGGAUUGAAUCGCAGCUGCACGAACACAAACGGGACUGUUGGAUGCUGCGGCGUGUGUCGAUUAUACAAAAUGUCACGUCUGCGUUGUCGAGAGUGAAAAAUGAGAGGCAGCGUCCUCAGAUUUAUAAAACAUACGAGUUAUUUUCACAUGGGGACCCAGCUCUGAGGAGGCUCAGAUGGCUCGGACUUGUCAGGCUCAGAACUUCCUGUUUGGAGUUUGAAACCGACAAGUCAGCAAAGCCAGGUGAUGGGAUGAUGAUUUAGGCUUUCAUUCUGUUUCUCAGCCCACGUAGGUAAAAACUGAAGUCACUCAUAUUCAUACAAGAGGAACCAUGUUCAGGAGGUUUAGCUUCAUCUGGGCUAGAACCAAAAAUAACGUCACUGCCUUUAAAAUAAUGAGCAGGAACAGGGUGAGUCAGAAGUCUCAGGACRCYCUUUAAUUUCAGGGRAAGAAGCCAGCAWGGAAUGGGUGAGGGGGGCUUUUCUUCU